AUGUAUGUUUUUUCUGAUUUUGAUGAGCAUUUAUUGGUAAAAAACAAUGCGAUUACAACAUUUGCAUCUUGGGAUAAAAGAUUCUAUGUGAUUUUUAAAGUAAAACCGUUAUCAUACUCACAUACUUGGGAUAGCGUUAUUCGUGUUACUCUUGGAAAUGAUAGGACACGCUAUGGAGAUAGAAACCCUGCUGUCUGGUUUAUAAAUGAUGGUUCUGGAACAAUGCGCAUUCAUUAUUCGGCCAACGGAACACUAUAUGGAUAUAUUGACACACCUCCACUAUUACUUGAUAGCUGGUCUACUAUUCAAAUAUGCCAAGAUAUUCAUGACGGAAUUUAUUUAUUUUCUGUAUAUAUUAAUGGAAAAUUUUUUCAGAGUAUUGCUAAUAACAUGCCUCAAGCUUUUAAAAACGUUCUUGUUUAUGCUUCAGACCCAUGGUACAAUGCAAAAGAUGGUUUUAUUAAAGAUCUUAAAAUUAUAACUGGAAAUGAGAAUAUGAUAGCAGUCCUUAAAGAGCAUGCAUUAGAAAAAAAUAACCUUAUUGCAACAAUGCCAAUACUGGAAAAAACAUUUUCAGUUUCGUUUAAGAUUAAACCAAAUUCAUUUUUAUCAAAUGAUUAUUCAUCUGUAAUUCAUUUGACAAUAAGAGACGAUUGUGCGCAAUAUGGGGAUAGGAUUCCAGGCGUGUGGUUUUCAAGUGAUGGCUCAGGAGCUUUGUCUAUUUUUUCUUCUAUUAAUGGAUAUAUUGGUUCUUUUUUUUUAACCAAACCAUUGCAGUUAUCUGUGUGGUCAAGUAUUAGAAUAUCCCAGUUUCAAACCGAUAAUAUUUAUAUGUAUGCUGUUUAUUUAAAUGGAGAAAAUAUUUAUAUUAUUGAAAAUAAACAACCACAAGCAUUUUUAAAUGUAAAUAUAUAUGCAUCAAAUCCAUGGUACCAAGCUCAAGAUGGUUUAAUUAAAGAUUUAAGAAUAAUAAAUGGAAACGAAGAGACAUGUGGUUUGUUAACCAUGCUUUCUGUCAGCAUUCAGAAUGAAGAAGUGCAGAUUCACAUAAACUUGACUACAAACUGUGAGUGUUAUCUCCAGAAUGUUUCUUUUUAUCUACUAGCAGAUCCAAUUUUGGUAUUUAAAAGAUUCUUGUGGGAUAAUUCAAUCUUAAAUGAAACAUUUGCCAAAUUGAAUGGAAAUGUUGUUGUUGUAGACUUCUUUCCUCCAUCAUAA